AUGUCUGAUCGCAAAGAGUGUACCUGGUUGCGGCGGCUGCUGCUGCUAAUCUGCCUUGGACUAUUUCCAGCGAGGGCUAUCACCAGUUCUAUACCAAAUCCCUGCCCAAGCAGUCAGGUGAAUGUCUACGCCGCUUGCAACCCCAUUAACGUGAACGUGUAUAAUUACCAGUGCGGGGGUCAAACGGGAAUUGUAUGCAAUCCUCCCAAUGCAGUGAUUACUGUUGUCCCAAGUACUCCAGGCUACCCCAACACUCCCCUGGUUCCUAGUACUCCAGGCUGUACCAAUACUCCUCAAAAUCCCACAGUGGUUCCUAGUACUCCAGGCUACCCCAACACUCCCCAAAAUCCUACCGUGGUUCCUAGUACUCCAGGCUGUCCAAGUACUCCUCAAAAUCCUACAGUGGUUCCUAGUACUCCAGGCUGUCCCAAUACUCCGCAAUAUCCUAUAGUGGUUCCGGUUGUUCCUGGUACUCCCGGUUGCCCGAACACUCCUCAGUAUCCUACAGUGGUUCCUAGUACUCCAGGCUGUCCAAAUACUCCUCAAAAUCCCACAGUCGUUCCUAGUACUCCAAGCUACCCCAACACUCCUCAAAAUCCUAUAGUGGAUCCGGUUGUUCCUGGUACUCCCGGUUGCCCCAACACUCCUCAAUAUCCUACAGUGGUUCCUAGUACUCCAGGCUGUCCAAACACUCCUCAAAAUCCUAUAGUGGUUCCGGUUGUUCCUGGUACUCCCGGUUGCCCCAACACUCCUCAAUAUCCCACAGUGGUUCCUAGUACUCCAAGCUACCCCAACAUUCCUCAAAAUCCUAUAGUGGAUCCGGUUUUCCCUGGUACUCCCGGUUGCCCCAACACUCCUCAACAUCCUACAGUGGUUCCGGAAAACCCAGUUACAGUUACUCCCAGUUACAAUACUAGCACAACACCUCAACCAACAACCACUCCUCCAAGUGUUACUGAACAGCCAGCGCCAGCACCUCAACCAGAACCAACGCCCUAUCCAGCACCACCACCACAAAUCACCACCACACAUCUUCCGACCCCAAUCCCAGACACUACGCCACCCCCACCGGCUCCCAUUAUGCGAUGUCCAGAGGGAACCAUCUUGGUGAAAGGAGUCUGCCGUCUACUUUUCUGCGGAGAAGGUGCCUUGUACUCCGAAGGUCGCUGCAUUCGGACGCGCUGUCCGGCCGGAUAUGUUUGGACGGGAAUCCGGUGCUCGAAACCACAGCCAUUGGAGCUCGGUAACAUCCACAUAGAGAACACUAUUCACCAACUGCCUGGAGCUCUGCCCCACCUGGUCACAAACAAUGUUAACAACGUCAAAGUAAAUGCCUCAAUCGCAAUCCCAGGACCAGACUCUGAGGAAGAAGAGGAUCAGGACGAAGUGCUGGCGCCGCAGCCGCCUUCAGGGCCCUGCUGCAAAGUAUUCGCUCCUCGGGUCUGCACCAACCAGGUGGAUCAGGUGGGGUACAAGUGCUUCAGCAGGAGCCAGCAGCAGUGCGGUUCCUUCUGCAGUGCCAACAAGGUGGUGCUCGCUCCGCCAGCAGUUACCACCUGGACGCAGUCCAACAACCAGAUGGUGGUCAUCCCUCCCAACUGGGCAGCUCAGGGCUGCGACUCCAGCUAUGGCGCAUGUCAGCAGCCUCAGAACUUCUACGACUGCAGUGGCUGUGCGUUGGGUGAGUUUUCGACCUGCUCCUCGUACUGCUACUCCUACAAGUGCAGCACCCACAACUGCGCCUACUAUGACCAGGCCCAAUACUGCUCCCAAUACGCUGGUCAAAUCGGUUGCCGGCCGGAAGAUGGAUGGGUUCCGAGCGCAUAACACUCGACAAGGCUAAUUAUGUAAAUGAAUUUUAAGAAUGCCUCCAAGAAAUGCUUAUCGUUAUGCAAUUAAGGCACUCCCAGUAAAUGAUUAAAGAAAUGCCACUUCUAA